GGCUGUCAUCACUCAUCACGGAGCCAUUGAAAAGCAAAUGAAAUAAUUCACAUUUUCCUACUACUUCUUGGAAUCUUGGGGAUACAAAAGACCAUAAUUGCCACCCGACACGACAGCCCAAUGAAUCGUAAAUGACUCACGCGAAUCCCCAAAUUCAUCCCAGGUAGAAAUCUUUGCUUCCGCCUCCAUACAUCCAACGAAUUCAAGAUUUGAGGAAGAAAACUAUUGUUUGGUUGCUGAGAAAGAGAAAGUUCAACUGUUCAAGAUAGAGAAGGAGAUCCAAAUUGGGAAUCUUAUUUAUUCUACAACUGCUGGCACACUUUGACCGACACUUUUUGUGUUAAUCAUUCGGGAAUAAUUGUAAGUCUGGAUAAUCGAUAGAGUAGUUUUUGCAAUGGGUCAUGAUUUUCGAUCUGUUUGUAAGAUGAAAGAGAGUAGAUGGCCGUGGCUCGUGGGAGUAGUGUUUGUUACGAUAAUAGCAAUCCAAUGUUUUGAGCUCCCAUAUGGUAAUGUUGUCUUAUCACUUUUUUCUGCUAGCAAGUUUCCAGUAGCAGGGGAAACUAUCGUCCGGGCUGAUGGUCCGGUGUCUAAUUUUGGGGUUACUGGGAGAGCUAAUGAUUCUCAUAUUGGAGGAGAUGAUGAUUCUGAAACCUCUGAAAAGAAUAAUGUAGUUGUAAACAAAAAUGAGUCUCCUGGAAUAGAUGAGGGUGCUGACCCUGAGGAGGAGGAGGAGUCUGAGAAAUGGGUAGAACAAAAUAUACAGUCCGGCGCCACAAUGGAAAAUGUAGUAAAGGAAAAUGAAUGGAGAUUUCCGAAGGAAAAUGCCACUUUCAUAUCAAAAGAUGCGAUGAACAGCUCCGAUACUGGUUCUGUAUCCCACUUAUCUCCGCAAUAUUCACCAUCGAACGUGACAUUUCCGGAAACUGUAGAUACAACUGUCCGAACUACAGAUACAUUUGUCUUUUCCUAUCCAUCAUCGACUUCUAAAGAUGUGGCGCCAACCACAUUGGGCAAUACUCCCUCAGCGACUGAAGAAUCAGGGAAACGGCAAAGUGAUCUCACCCCAUUGGAUGCAAAUUCCCACUUGAAUGAUCUUUCUGAGAAGAAGAAGACCCCGAAGAUUCUAACCUCAGCUGUGGUUUCAAUAUCCGAGAUGAAAGAUUUGCUGCUUCAAAGUCGUGCUUCACAUAAUUCAAUGAGACCACGAUGGCCUUCAAAAGUUGAUGACGAGCUACGACAUGCAAAAUCUCUGAUUGAGAAUGCUCCCAUUAUUAAGAAUGAUCCAGUACUUUAUGCCCCUCUUUUUUGGAAUAUUUCAAUGUUUAAAAGGAGCUAUGAAAUAAUGGAAAGCAUGCUCAAAGUGUACGUUUACAAGGAAGGAGAGAGACCCAUUAUACAUCUGCCAAUACUCAAAGGGAUAUAUGCUUCCGAAGGAUGGUUCAUGAAGCAAAUGGAAGGUAACAAAAGAUUUAUUACAAAAAAGCCAGGAAAAGCCCACCUCUUCUACUUGCCUUUUAGUUCUCGAAUGUUAGAGGAAACCUUAUACGUGCCUAAUUCACACAACCAUAAGAACCUCAUCAAAUAUUUGGAGAACUACGUGGACAUGAUUGCGGCAAAAUAUCGUUUCUGGAACAGAACAGAAGGGGCAGAUCAUUUUCUUGUUGCUUGCCAUGACUGGGCUCCAGCUGAAACAAGGCACUAUAUGAGGAACUGCAUUAGAGCUCUCUGCAAUUCCGAUGUCAAAGAGGGUUUCACCUUCGGGAAAGAUGUUUCUCUUCCUGAAACAUUCAUUCGAAUGCCGAAGAACCCUCUUAGAGAUCUUGGAGGAAAGCCUGCUUCGAAGAGGUCAAUCCUUGCUUUCUUUGCAGGCAAUAUGCAUGGUUAUCUACGACCGAUUCUGUUACAGCACUGGGAAAACAAAGACCCAGACAUGAAAAUAUACGGUAAAAUGCCUAAAUCCAAGAACAAUAGGAACUACAUCCAGCACAUGAAGAGCAGCAAGUACUGUAUUUGCGCAAAGGGAUUCGAAGUAAAUAGUCCACGAGUAGUCGAGGCCAUUUUCUACGAAUGUGUUCCGGUGAUCAUAUCUGAUAACUUUGUACCUCCGUUCUUGGAAACAUUGAACUGGGAAUCAUUUGCAGUAUUUGUCUUGGAGAAGGAUAUUCCAAAUUUGAAGAACAUACUUGUUUCGAUAUCGGAUGCGAGGUAUCGAGUAAUGCAGACAAGGGUGAAAAGGGUACAACAGCAUUUUCUCUGGCAUCCUAAGCCUGUGAAGUAUGAUCUCUUUCAUAUGAUUCUGCACUCCAUUUGGUUCAACAGAGUCUUCCAAAUGAAUCCCAGAUGAUAAAGCAGUAAAUAUCCUGUGAAGAUUGUAAUUAUGGAGGUUUCAAGAACUGGAUUGAACAGAGUGUACUUUCAAUGACUUUCAAGAUUGUAAUUAUCUGUACACUAUAAGAUUCAUUCUUUUAUUGGAUUCAUCGUUGCCGUAAAA